AUGUCUAGGGAGAGGGAGCGUUUAGCAAGAUCCAUUGUCAAAGUUGCCUUUAUGGUCGGCUGCUCGUCCAAGGACUUCUACUCUGAAGGUCUCAGAAGCGAAGGCUUGUCCCGAGUGAAGUGGGAAGAGAACCAGGGAAUUUUGGACUUCAUGAAACAAGCAUUCGCCUCUGGUGUUGCUCAAACGACGGCCCAACAGGAGAAUGAUGUAGAAGCUCUCCAAGAAAAGAAAGCCUUGAAAGCAUGGAAGCUUGUGAGAAGAUAUGGAAUCAAAAUAAGGCCCACAAACAAUCUGCUAGAUCAUCUUCUUUACGAUCCCAGGGAAAAGGUCCUUAAGGUUUUUCACCAGACAGCAUUUCUAAGGACGUCUUUAAAGCAAACAAAGGAUGAACCUCUGGAUCUGGACUUUGAGCAGGCCCUAAGAAUGUAA